AGCGAGAAAAACACCAAACCCAAAUCGAGCCAAACAUUUCAUUAGGGCACAAAAGCAAAAACCGCGAUUCGAGAAAAUCGCUUGCAAAAAAUGGACAACUUGUUUCAAUUCCUAUUUAAAAAAUAAGCAUGACUGAUGGUAUUUUUACUGAUGAUUCGAUAAAACACACCAUUAUCCUCAACUCUGCUUUACUGCUUCUUAAUUUAUGUUGAUUUUCGCAAUAAAACUCAUAAUUUUUAAAAAUCUCGUUAUUAGGCCCUUUUAGCUUUCCAACUGCUGUUCAUAAUGGGCCCUUUCUAAAUGCAAUUUCGAAGAGAACUAAAAGGGCACUAAAGCGCUGUCACCGGAUUGUUGUUUUGAAUGAUGUUUAUGGGCCCUUUUGUUUAGUUAGAAAUAAUGAGGAAUUCAGUGGAAAUUUUGAUAAUUGGUGAAGUUUUAUGAUCGAAUGGAGCAGAUAAGGUAUGUGAAACAUUAAAAUUCUUCAAAAGUGUACUGAACAGCAGCCGCGGGCCGUAUUCAAUAUUGUAUUUCGACGAAGUUUUUUUCUGCAGAAACCCUUGGUGAAACGUUAACCAAACUUUGUUUUGAAGUGAAUUAGUGUUAAGAAUGUAUGAAAAGUUCACUUUAUAACAUAGAAAGUUCCUUAACCACGAAAAACUAACGAAAAAGAAAAGGGCACAAUUGAACUUUUUUUCUGGUUUGGAGUGAACAUUGUUAUGUGCCCUUUUGUUUUUUUGAUUUUUUCAAUAGGAAAUUGUUUGCUAUCAAUCUGAUUCUUGGAGGGCAUGUAGGGAGUGUACUAUGGAGUGGAAUAGUGGAAUAAUCCCGAAUGUUUACUUUUUGGUUUUGUGCCCUAAUGAAAUGUUUGGCUCGAAAUUACUGCGGAAACGAAUGGAAUACACCCAGGAUCAGCUCCAGUUGGCCUACGAAGCGGUGCAGAAUGGCAUAUGUACGUAUCGUGCCUGCAAAAUGUACGGAAUUCCAAAAAACACACUGUCUGACCGGGUUAAGAAAAAAAAUGCUAAUUUUGAGGUAAAAACCGGCCCGAAGUGUUAUUUCAGCAAGACUCAAGAGUUGUCCAUGGUGGCUUCGCUGCACGCCCUGGCCGAUGCUGGUUUCACUAUUACAUAUAGACUACCCAGGAUCUUUGCUACGGAGUACGUCAAGGCGAACAUAGCACAAUUCCCUAAGGGAAGUCCAUUUCCGGCAGGAAUGCCUAGCAAUGGUUGGUCGAAACACUUUUUGAAAAGGCACCCCGAUUUGGCGAAACGCAUGUCGGAAAUCUGGUCUCAUUUCGGUUCCACUGCAGUGCCAGAAAGUGUUUCUGUUUGGUUUGGAUGCGUUUCGAAAUAUCUGACAAAGAUGGGCUUGCAGACUGUUGUUCAAAACCGCCGACAGGUGUUCACCAUGGACGAUGUGGAACUGAAAAGAGGCAAAAACGAUGCCACCUUCACGUGCCUCUUCGGGGCCAACGCCAACGGGAAUCUACUUCCUCCAUUGAUUCUGUACCCACAUACAUUCAAACUGCCAACGCAGAAAAAGCAAUCCGAGUUGAAAUACGCCGUUGCUCAUCAGGACACCGAACUGACCUCGGGAAACGUCCUGUACCAGUGGCUUUCGAGAGUUUUCCAACCAUGGCUGAUCGAAGAAAACGUUCCUCGGCCUGUGAUACUCUUCCUCGAGGGCCAUCGCCACCAAAUGGGCUAUUUCAGCAGCCAAUUUUGCCACCAGCACCAAAUUGUCCCCGUGUCACUUCUUCCGCGGUUCGUCCACGUGCAGCGACCUCUGAGCGUCGAACUUAUUGAAUCCAUAGAACAGUUUUGGCGCGAAGAGAUGCAAAGCUUUGGGACAGGCCGAUUCACAACCAUGGACCCGUUGCUGACACCGGUUCUGGACCGACUCACCGACAUCGCCGAAAGCAUCAUUCGUGAUGGCUUCCUCCGCAGUAAAAUCUAUCCCUGGAACCCGGAAGGUCACAUGGCGGAAGGCACACAGCCUCAACCGGACGAAAAUCGGUCGAAGUUGGUUCUGUUUCGUAGGAUGCUCGAGUCACGACUAACCGAUCAAGAGCUGGACGAGUUCCAAGCCAGGCGACAUGACGAAGAGUGGCGGGGACCGGUUGAAUAUGCCAGUUUGUUCCAGGUGUGGCGCGAGUUGAUGGAUGAAAUUGACUCCGUUGAAACUGGGGCAUGUUCGGAUAUGGACACGACACAGGAAGGAGAUGGAUCUAGUGGUGAGCCGGAUUUGGUAGCAGUUAAGGAGGAAGAAACUGGCGAAUGUUUACUGGACUUUGUAAAAGAAGAACCAAGUGUCGACUUUGGCGAUUAAUAAAUAGAACAAAUAGCGCUUAAAUAAAAUUGUACACAAUCAUA